AUGCAGAGUACAAAAUCCCAUGAUGUUAUACGAUUAGACCUUGUGUUUAAGUGUACCCAUCAACAGAAAGAUUAUUACUGUAAUACAUGUGAUCGAGGAUUCUGUUUCAAAUGUAGAAAGAACCAUGUCGUAGAUCUUGACACUAGAUUUCAUGAUGUCACCGUUCAUAAAGAACGGUCUGGAGAGAUAACUGAAGACGAAGUAUGCAAGAUACACUCAGGCGUUAGAUAUGAAAUGUGGUGCGUGUCAUGUAGUAUUCCAAUUUGUUUGAAAUGUAAAGGACACUGGACACAUGAUCUACUAGAGAUAAGGACAGGCUAUGAUAUGCUAAGACAAGAAUACGAGGAUAGAAUAGUUAAUAUCAGAAGUGGGAUUCUCCCAUACUGUCAGGCUAUGUUAACAGGAAGAAACCCCAUUAUCAGUAGAGAAAAGAAAGAUUGUAAGAGGGAAAUUUUUUACAUCUACAAUGAUAUGAUCAUCAAGGCUGAGGCACUAAAACGUCAGAUAGAUAUGGUAUUACCUAGGGUAAUAAGGCAAUUUUCACUUUGCAAAUUACAACAAAAUAAAGUAAUGAACAGUCUUGCUAUACACAAAUUAGAGAACAGUUGUGGACUCUUGAUAAACAGGCCGGUGCAAUUCCUCCUAUUCCUUAAGAAACACUCUGUAGUCAAGGUAAAGAACUUUUCCAAUAUAUUUAAACAAGUAUGCUUUUCUGACAAAAUCAACCAAAAAGAUGUCAGUGAUUUAUUGCUUGAAAUAAAAAUUCCAGAGACAGGGAAAAGACAAAUCGGAAACGAGCAGCUGUUCAAACUUAUGGAAACAGCCAUCUUACGGAAAGCUUUCUUAGUGAAUGGUAUUAGCUGUAGUUACCACAUUUCCUGUCUUUCAUCGAACCAGCUUUGUGUCAGUGAUAAUAACAAACUCGUUUUCACAGACAUCAGUAGUAACAUUUUACAUCAGCUGAGCGAUAUAGAAAGUGGAAGGCAAGUACAUGCAGCGACCAACAAAGGUGAUUUGAUUUAUAUAGACAAGUAUUAUGAUAUCAAGAAACUAUAUACAGUAGAUUAUACAACGAGUUCAUUACUUAAAACAUCGGAACCAUGGAGACCAUGGUGUCUCCACAGUUCACUUCUAACUGAAGACCUGCUAGUAUUGAUGAGAAAGCGGAAUGAAGAUGUAUUUGAUUAUACAAAAGCCAAAGUUACCCGGAUCAAGGGUACAGGAGAACACAUCCAGACUAUCCAAUACCAAAGAAAAGGAAUUAAACUGUACAGUCGCCCUGUAUGCAUCACUGAGAACAGUAAUGGAGACGUUAUUGUGUCUGAUUAUGACUGCGGUGUGGUUGUGACAGAUUAUGGUGGGCGAUAUCGUUUUUCUUAUACUGGUCCUCCAUUGGGAUCACAAUUAUUACCACAAGGAAUCUGUACAGACUCCCUCUCCAAUAUUCUUGUGUCUGAUCGUCACACCUUCGAAAUCCAACUGAUUGAUAAAGACGGCAGCUUUCUUCUAUCGCUGCAAACAUCAAAACAAGGUAUAGGAAGACCAUGGAGCCUGACCUAUGAUUACAAAAAUCAGCUUCUUUGGAUUGGGUCGAAUUUUAACAACAGAGUGUGUGCAUAUAGAUACAUAGAACAACAGGACUAUAUCAAAGGUAAUGAUACGUACUGUAGAUUCGAAACAGAAUGA